AUGACUAUCUCUCACCUCUUAGUCACUCUCGCAGCUGCUAUUUCUUCAGUUCAAGCUCACUUUGCAUUUGCACGCGUUCGUCAGAAUGGCGAAUGGCUAGAGCCUACUCGAUAUAUCCGAAAUAAAACUUCGCCAUUUACUGAACGCGAUUCCCCGGACACAAACUAUCACGUUCGUCGCUGGAUCGACCCUACAUAUGCGGUUACCGACUACCCUGACUCGGUCCGCUGCGGCCGGGAUAACAUGGCACACGCAGCUGAUACCGAAGUUCUAACGAUCCGAGCUGGAGACCAGCUUGAGUUUGCUCAUCAAAGAAAAGACCCGGAAUGGCCGCCAGAGAUGUGGAAUAACUGCCCUGAUGAACGUGGAUCAUGUGAUUAUGCCUCGUGGAACCCAGAGGGAUAUAUCCACUUUAAUCAUCCAGGGCCCUUCAUCGCUCAUCUUUCCAAGGUCCCCGAAGGACAGGACAUUCAUUCAUACGACGGCUCAGGAGAGUGGGUGAAGAUCUAUACGUUGGGGUUGGAGCUUCGAGAUGAUCAGCAGCACCCAAUUCACUGGAUACCCUGGAAUGAUGAAGGCAUCCCAGCGCCUUUCGCCUUCAGCGUUCCGAAGGAAACACCGGACGGAGAUUAUCUGCUGCGAGCUGACUUGGUUUACACUGGUGUUUACGAGUUCAACUUCACUUCUUUCCCGUCGCAGUUAUAUCCGAGCUGUCUACAGAUCCGCGUAGAGAGCGAUUAUGAAGGAUCACUCCCUAAGGGAAUUCGAAUCCCUGAGGAUAUGAUGCACGACUCUCCUGGGAUGAAUACGUCUCUUAGUAUGUACCGAUUCGACAAGUUAGAUGAUGACUACGUCUAUCCUGGUGGUAUGCUGUGGACGGGAAAGGAAAUGGUUGUAGAUAAGCCAUAG